AUGUCAGACUUACCAACAUGUACUAGACUAGACAUAGUUCAUAGUGAACUUCCCCCAUGCUGCAUAAGAUAUCAUCCCUUGGAUCAAGACACAUUUGUGGUGGGAACGUAUAAGCUUGAGACCGGUGAUCUUCGUCAUGGAUCUCUUGAAGUGUACUGUACCACGAAUGGGAAAAACCCAGUAAGAAUCACAUCAUUGGCUACCGAAAGUGCUAUCUUGGAUAUAAAAUUCAACCGUGAAGGCACCAGACUUGUUUCAGCUCAUUCCACGGGUGAAAUCAGGGUCUGGAACAGUGAAGAUCCCAAACAGUUACAUCAAUUGAUAAAGCAUCAAAUCUUUGAUGAAAAAACCCUUAUAACUUCGGUCUUCUUUAGUGAAAUCAACCAUAUGACACUUUUGGUCACUGCAACUUCCGGAGAAGCAGGGCUUUUCCGGUUGGAGACAGGAACCUGGGAACCGUUCGAUACUUGUCAUGAUUUGGAGUGUUGGUCGGGAGAAUUCGGGUGCUUGGAUCCGUUAACGAACGUAGUCUUCACAGGUGGAGACGAUGCCAAGCUCAUAGCUCAUGAUACAAGGACGAGAGAGCCUAUAUGGACAAGUACUCGAAACCAUAAUGCAGGUGUGGUCUCUGUUCUUACUCCCAGGGCUCUGUGGAACACUAAUAAAACCCAAAUAUGGACAGGAUCUUACGACGACCAUAUCCGGGCUUUAGAUAUCAGAAUGAUGGGAACCCAGUUGUAUCCAGCACCUCCUAAAACGGUGUUGGAGGAGAAUCUUGGUGGUGGAGUCUGGAGGUUGAUUCCCAACCCAAAGAAAGACGGUAAAGUGUUGGCUUGUUGCAUGUACGAUGGUGCUCGGGUGCUUGAGCUGACCAAGGACCAGUCUAGACCAUUUGAAGCUACCAAAUACUUCAUAGGGGAUCACAAGAGUAUGUGCUAUGGUGGAGAUUGGAGUGCUGAUGGUGAGCGAAUAAUCACAUGCUCUUUUUAUGACAACGUCAUUCAAAUCUGGUCCCCAUAA